CGCGAUGAUUGCUUCGGUGUACUUUGAGACGCGUUCUGUCAGACUCUUGUCAAUUAAUGUCAAGAUUUCUCUCCUUUCGAUCUUCCAGCACGCUGCAGCUUCCACUGGGUUUUAAACGCGCACAAUCCGCAAUUGAGGUAUAGAGGCAUCCUUGAAGCUUCCCAGAGCUUGCUUCGGCAAAUCAUAGUUAGAACAACGGUAACAGUUAAUCCGGUACCCGCGCCAUAGUUCUUCGAUGGCAACCGUUUCCAAAAGAGACUCGAUGGAUGCAACGGUCGAAAGCCUCGAGGCGAAAUUAGGGGAAACCCAAUUAAGCCAAUCCGCGACUCCAAAGCGACCCAUCGGUCUCACAGAUCUACCACCGUCAGUCCGUAACAGCAUAUACAAGUAUGCUCUAGACACCGAGCUCGUCAACGUGGGCAAACCAAACGUAUCCUACAGCCACACCAUCAAAGAUGGCGAACUCCAGUUCAAAUCCUCUCGUCCGCCUUUCCCGAUCAAUACAUCGUUGUUCUACGUCAACAAGCAGAUAUCAAGAGAAACACUGCAGUACUUCUACUCCAAGAACCUAUUCAUUCGGUUCGAAAUCUACACGCCCGAUGCGCGCCACGCAAAGACUAUGCUCGAAGACUCGGGUCUCCUCUUCUCCACGGCUGCACCCUCGCUGCUGGAGCAAUCGAAACAACACGCCCUCGAGCUCGUCCUCGUAGAGAAGAACAGUAGCCAAAAACGCGCGAGCGUCAUGUUCCCCGCGCAAUACCUCCCGCGCCUGAUCAACUUUCUGGAUCAAGCGAGUCGUGCGACAGGGUCGUGGGCGCCAGUACACAGCCUGUUCAUCAAUGUCAUGAACACGUACGACUUUGCUAUCUCGCGGCUGCAGGGCGAUCUUCUGGAGUUGUUUAGACUGCUGUCGAAUCUCGGUGGUGUCACUGUAGAUGCGAAGAAUCUCCUGCCGCGGUAUGCGGAGGGCCUACAGGCCAACAUGACAGCUUCAGCUUUCACGGCGGAUAAUUUGCUAUCGAGUGUCGUUGAACUAGCCGAUCUUGCAGAUGAGGCGCGCGAGAAGGGCGAGUAUAAGCUCGCAUUUGAAUACGGACAGGCCGUCAUCGUCGCCCUGACUUACGGAUACCUCACCCAUUCCGAGACCCUCCACUCGCAGCCCGAGGAAUUUGCGAAAAGCGUGCAGCGGCUGCGCUGGAAGACAGAGUUGGGCAUCGGCAUCGCCCUCUCGUUGCAACACCGCGAGAUCACUUCCAUCAAGUCUUGGCUUAGCAGCGACAACCCUACCACCGAGACAAAGCAGGCGGCAAGAGAUCUCCUUCUCGCGGAGAGCAGCGUGUCCAAGGCGCUCAGUCUUUCCACAGACGCCCCCUCGCCCGCAGAGAACCCGUGGUUCCUCAGCCUUCCUGUCGAACUAAUACCGCCCAACAAGCCGACGUGGUUCACCGAUAGAGAGAGGGCACAGACAUGGUAUGCGCUCGGUACCAUACACACAGCGCUGGGCGAGUACGUGUUCGGUGCUGGGGAUCUGGAGAGGGCGCUUGGGUUGUGGGGCGAGGAGGGCGGAGAGAGUAGUAGUGAGGGAAAGGAGAAGGUGGAGAAGGCGUUUGAGAAGGCACGGGGAGGAAUUGAUGGGGAUGCUGAGAAUAUGUGGGUUGGGAAAGUCAGGCCGGGAAGUGGGUUGAAGAAGGCUAGUGUGUUAGCAAGGAGUUUGUAGAUCAUGCCUUUAGUGUAGAUAGAGGGACAUAACAAUUUAGAUAUGCCUGAGAAGUAUGAGCAUGGGAGAGUCCGAUGGCAUGGCGUUGAUAGUCAGAGAUGAGAUGGAAUUGAUGUACGAACGUCCAGAUACCAAUCAAGACCAGCGCCG